AUGCCUUACGCAGGAGAGGGAAGUCAGGGGCCCCGCAGAGGAGGCCGCCCAGCUGCUGGGGGUGGAGAGGGGCCCCCAGCGCGUCAGCAGCGGGGGUCUAAGGAGGGUUGGCGUCCGGAGGGUUCUAAGAAGCAGCAGCAGCAGCAGCAACAGCAGCAACAGCAACAGAGGCAGCAAAGCGCUGCCGCUAAUGAAGCAGAGGAACCUUACACGCAGCAACUACAGGGGCCCCACAGCGGGCCCCAAGCUCCUUCGGCCAACUAUGCAAGAGACGGCUAUCAGUUAAGUGCAGCAGCUGCUGCUUCACGGCAGCAGGAGGAAGAGACAAGACAUCAGCAGCACCUGCUGCAGCAGCAGCACGCACAGCAUCAGCAGCUUCUGCAACAGCAGCAGCACCUGCAACAACAACAGGUCCUCGAUCCUUACAGUAGUAGCGUUGCCGCUUACGAAGCAGCGUACGCAGCAGCAGCGGCUGCUGCUGCACCCUCGUUGUAUGGUAGUCUUACACCUGCAGCAGCAGCAGCAACGAACACUGCGCUGCAACAUCUGCAGCAUCUGCAGCAACUGCAGCAGAUGGGAGUAGCCACCCAACUGGGGCCACUUCCCCCAUAUUGUCUCAGCGAUCUUGCACCUUUGGGGAGUCUGGACCAGCAGCAGCUGCAGCAGCAACAGUUGCAGCAGCAGCAACUGCAGCAGCAGCAGCUUCAACAGAUGCAGCAACAGCAGCUACAGCAGCAGCAGCUGCAGCAAAUGCAAAUGCCAAUGCUUUACGCAAUGCAGCAGCCAGGUGGAACCCCUAUAGACCUGCAGCAGCAGCAGGCCUUGGUCCUGCAGCAACAGUUACAGCUGCAACAAUUGCAGCAGCACAUGCAGCAGCAGGACCCGUAUUUGCAGCAGCAACCGUACGCGUAUACACUGGCGCAGCAAGCAAAAUUGUCAGCUGCAUACGGGGUUCCCGCUGCUUUGCUGCCACAGAUGCAGCAGCUGCAGCAGCAGCAGCACUUGCAGGCACUGCAACAGCAGCAGCUGCAGCAACAACAGAAGCUGCAUGAGCAGGCGAAGCAGACACAGCACCAGGACAUGCAGCAGCAGAUUCUUCAGAACGAGCAGCAACGCCAGCGAGACCAGCAGCAGCAUACUGUCCAGGGCGAGGGCAAGACGCCUGCUGGUGCUGCGGUUGCUGCUGCAGAUUCAAGCCAGGCGCAGCUGUCGCAUAAGAUGUAUGAUGGGGAACUCACGCGUGCUUGCGAGCCGCAGCAACAGCAGCAAAAGCAGCACAAGCAGCAGCAAGCGCGCAGCCAGUCAGAUGAGUCACCGCCGCCGCCACCACCACCACCACAGCAGCAGCAGCAGCAGCAGCAGCAGCAGCAGGUGCCACCGCAGCAGCAGCAACAACAGCAACGAGUAAAUGAUAACCAUAGACCUCGACAGCCACCUCAAGGCACACAUAGACUCAGCAACACACGUAGUCGGGGGGGUAGAGCGAACCGCAGCAGCGCAGCAGAAGCUGGACCUGCAGCAGCAGCAGCUGCUGCUGCUACUGCUGCUCCUCAUUCGCCUGCAGCACCUGCAGCUGAUUUCAGCCCAAGUCACGCUCCACAGCAGCAGCAGCACCAGCAGAUGCAGAUGCAGCAGCAGCAGCAGAUACAGCAGCACCAGAAUGCUGGUGGGAGUUCGCCGUGCAGAAGUUCUGACUGUGUGUCUGUAGUGUCUGCUGUACGCAUGCAGCAGCACAGCGGUGGCCAUCCCCUGCAGCAGCAGCAGCAGGGUCCACGUCGGCAGCAUGGAAGAGCACCUAUUCAUGACGCAAGGGGGACCCCACCUGGAGGCCAUUCGUUGCAGCGCCGCAGUAGCCAACCCGAGGGAGACAGGCAGCAGCAGCAACAGCAGAUGAGAACUGAAGGGCAGCAGAGGCAUUCGGCAGCAGCAGUAGCAGGUGCUGCUGGUGCUGGUGGUGGAGCACCGCAGCACCAGCAGAGACACGAGCGCGGGCCUGCCCGGCAAUGCCCAUCAGAUUCACAGCAGCAGCAGCAGUCGCAGCAGCCUCCCCCGCCGCCGCCGCCGCCUCUGCCGCAGCAGCAGCAGCACCAGCAGCACCAGCAGCAGAAGCCACGUAGAGGAGGUCGCCAGCAGCAAGGUCGGUUUGGAGGCGGCGGAGAAGGGUACUUGGGGUCCCUGGGCGAUGGCAUCCGGGGGCCCCGUCUUGGGGCAUCAUCUUCAGCUGCAGGACACGGGAGGGGCCCCCCUGGGGGAGGGGGCCCGUUGGUGGGCCCCCAGGGUUCUCCUGGGGCCCCCCCUCGGCAACGGGACGUGCAGCAAGAGGAGGCCCUCGAUAGGCGCAUUCAGGUUAUUAGCGCAAACAACAGAGAAGUAGAAAAGAGACACAGAAUAGCGGAGCAGGAGCGCCAGGCGGCCCGAAGACUUGAAGAGGCAGCAGCAGCAGAACGAGCUGCUGAGGGGUCACCUCAGACACCAUCUUCUCGGCUCGUAUCUGCUGCUAAUGGACCUCAUCCGCGCUCCAGCAGCAGCAGCUGCUGCAGGGGAGAGGGGAAAUCCGCGGCUGUAGAUGCUGCAGGGUCGGAGUCAUCAGCAACAGCAGCUCCAACAGUAGCAGGGGCCUCUGCUGGUGCCGGUGGUUCGCCCGCUCCUGCUGCUGCUGCUGCUCCCUCUUCCGCAUCAUCCGCCACUCCUCGGGCGCGCUCAGGCCGCUGGACAAACUCUUACCAUGGAAAUCAGGAGUCUGUAAAGGGUGCAGCAACAGCAGCAACGCCUACUGCCACUGGCGGCCAGUCUACUUCUGGAGGCGGAGGCCCUCGAGAGGGUGCGGAGCCGCAAUCAACAGCCCAGAGACUCUUGCUGCUGCACAGGCAGCAGCAGCAGCAGCAGCAGCAGACACCGUCCAGCAGAGCUGGCAGCGCAGCAGCAGCAGCAGCAACAGCAGCCACGACAGCGGCUAGUGGUGAGGGUCCCCCCAAGCAAAAGGGUCGCUCCACGCGAAGUGUCUCCCGAGGCGGCACUCGCAGCAGAAGCAGCACGGGGGGCGUCGAGCAUUCCUUGGAGCAGGAGCAGCAGGAAAGAGGACCUACUGACGGGGGUUGUGAUUCGCCUCAGCAGCAGCAGCAGCAAGAGCAUCAGCCCCAGCAGCAGCAAGUCUCUGGAGGCCGCAAACAGGUAGAAGGUGUCGGGGCCAGUGGGCCUUCUAAAGACCGACGAGCCCGACAGGCGGCUUCAAAGCGCCAGGACGUUUCGCAGCAGCAGCAGGGCCACGUGAAUGAGGCUCAUCGUUUUCCAGCUGCAGCCUCUCCUUGGCGAUCUUCUGGGGCACCUAAGCCACUGCGAGCGUCUGUACAGCGGGAGGGGACUUCUAUAGCCAAGCAGCCCACAGAGGGUGCUGCUGGGGGCGCCCCAAGGGAAGCAGCGGUGCCACCUUUGAGGGCCUCUUCCUCCUCUUCUGCUGCAGCAGAGAGCUAG